CACCCAAAACUUACCAGAAAAAGCCUUAGCUUCUUCACUUCUUCUCUCUCUCUAUACAUACUAGCUAGAUUGCUCGAGGAAAUUAAGCUCACUCAUGGAAUCUGAACACCAUCUGUUACAAGAGCCUGCAAUCAUGGGAGAAUCGUCAUCAUCUGUUGAACCGCCAUUUGAGGCGACAUACAAGAACCUUUUCCGCGACGCCCAAGUACUGAACCAAGCUGGGUACGAGGUUUUCGACGUCGCGGAGGAGCGGGAGCUGCCAUUGAUAGACCUUUCGGAGCUGAACCGAGGAGAAUUUAUCAGGGAGGAGUGCAAGAGAAAGAUGGCUAGAGCUUCGCGAGAGUGGGGGUUUUUCCAGGUGGUGAACCAUGGGGUUUCCCGCGAGAUUCUGGAGAAGAUGAGAUCAGAACAAGUGAAGCUUUUCAGGAAGCCUUUCCACGAGAAGAUGAAGGAUCGGAACCUCAACUUCUCCACCGGGAGUUACCGCUGGGGGGCUCCCUCCGCCACCUGCCUCCGCCAGCUCUCUUGGUCGGAGGCUUUUCACGUGCCGUUAAGCGAUAUCUCCGGCUCCGUUUCUCGCCCAAACAACCUCAGCUCGACGAUGGAUGAGUUUGCAACAUCGUUGUCUGAUCUAGCACAAAGGUUGGCAAGAAUCUUGGCAGAGAAACUGGGGCACAAGUCCACCUAUUUCGAGGAAACAUGUUUGCCAACCACCUGUUACGUUCGAAUGAAUAGGUAUCCGGCGUGCCGGAUUCAUGACAAUGUCUUCGGACUGACGCCGCACACCGACAGCGACUUUCUCACCAUAUUACACCAAGAUCAGAUCGGAGGGUUGCAACUAGUGAAAGAUGGCAAAUGGAUCUCCGUCAAACCUAACCUCGAGGCACUAGUCAUAAACAUUGGAGAUCUAUUUCAGGCAUGGAGUAAUGGGGUUUACAAGAGUGUUGAACACCGGGUUGUUGCCCAUGAAACGAAGGAGAGAUUCUCUGCUGCUUUUUUCUUGUGUCCAUUCUACGACACGACAAUUCAGAGCUGUUCUCAGCCGUCUCUGUACAGAACAUUUACGUUUGGAGAGUUCAGACAACAAGUGCAAGAAGACGUCAAGAACUUCGGCUACAAAGUAGGGCUUCCCAGGUUUCUUGUAUCAACUCAUUAGAGUGUACUCAACCACCUGUAAUAAAACACAAACUUUGUUAUUACAGUAAGUCAGAAAUUAUAGAAACGUGGGCAAUUCGGCCAAGUUGAUUUAA